AUGCCAUCAGUCAUUGGACUCACACUUUUACUCUUCCUUUGGCAGGUCAAGGCACGUCAGCUCGCUAACUGGGUUGUCGAAGACAUCACGCAAGUUGAGUUAUCGUGCGAAUGGGCCCCCCAACUACCCACGCCUCAAGAGGACCAGGGUCAGGCCGGCGCCAGUUCUCCAAUCUCGCCCGCUGCCGACACUCGAGAUAAGUCGUGCAGGAUCCCAACAGAAUUUUCGAUCCCUCAGAGCGUUUACUUUCGAAACGACAGUGUCAUCUUGUAUGAAAAUACGACGGUCAUGUCCCACCUCCUCACCAGUUGGGUCAAUGCAGACUCUCUGGCCACAGUUGAUGCAACUCACGUCAGCAUAAAGACUGGCGCACUCGUUUUUUUGGAAUUCGCAGAUUACUCAAAAAAACCCUUUUUCCCCAAUGCGACGAGGGUUGUCGAGAUGCAAUUCUUCACAGCUGUGAAAGCAACAGAAAGUGGAGCGGACAAACCAAAGCUCACCGUUUCUCAGACAAACACCCUUUCGACCCUGGUCAAGAUUCCAGACGGCUGCUUCGACGGAGCCGGCAUGAACCACUUCUGGUUUGCAUGCUCGUUCGCCCCGUACUAA